UUCCUCUUGAACUGUGUUGCUCAUUCCUCUUGGUGGCAUCUAAAGUAUGACACCACAAAGAUAAAAGCUUCAUAUACCAACUUAAGAUCCCCCAGUGGAGGUGCAGUGGCCUCAUGGUUAGUGCACUCGUAUCCAUGUGAUAUAUUUAUGUCUCACCCCCACGGUCUUUCUACAUGGCGCAGCACUUCACUUCCAAUAUGGAACCCCUAGUUUACAGUUAUCUUAAUGUCGCUUGAACUUGAAAGUUUUCUCAGCAAACUUUCUCUCUUGUUAGUCUCGCUUUCUCACAAAGACUGGCCUUUACCAUUCGCCACUCCUUACAUGAGAAAAAAGAUUGUCAAAAGAAGUGUCAGAUAUUUGGAGUAUCCACAAAUGCCAUUGAGUUGGAUUAAAACAGAGCUUAAAAAGGAAAUUUAUUUGUACAUGCACAACUGUACUAGGAAAUACAUUGAAAAGUUUUAACAAGUCACUCGAACAGUGAAUGUUACUGAGUCAAAAGCAAAGUUGGUUUAUAUAUACUUUAGCAUCUUUCUUUUCCUGAUGUCAAACAACUUGUAAACACUGUAAAACAACAAAGAUAUUACUUGGCCAGUCAAAUGCAAGUGGCAAUGCAAGCCAAAACCAAGUUGACUAGCAGUCAUUGUGCGUAGUGAGAUGGAGCAAAAGCUAACGGCCUUAAAAACCUGUUAGUUGGAAAGGUGCCCAUGUGCAAAUGCUUCUAUUAUCACUUGUUAUUAGUAAUUUAUUGGUGUUUGUCCAUGAAAAGUCCUUGGAAAAAGGUUGCAAUCUUCCGUUUGAACCCUGUAAACCCAUCUAUUUUCCUCUUACAGGCAAAACAGUGCACCAAUGGUUUAGAAAUUGAUGGUCGGCGAAUACGUGUUGAUUACUCCAUCACCAAACGAGCUCACACUCCUACUCCAGGAGUCUACAUGGGAAAGGCUACACAGCACCGAAACUACCGGAAAAGUCACUAUGAUGAUUACACCCGUGACAAGGAGUACUAUUCAAGGGACCGUCAUCGAGAUUAUUAUGGUAGCAGUGGGUAUCGCUCUCGCUCUAAUACACCACCACGUCGUUACUGAUAAUGAGCGAGAUGUGUGGUAUUAUUUAUACAAUGCUUACAUUUAUCUGUCUGUAGAUUAUCACUAGACAAUAUAAGACUACAUAGGAAUAGGUGUAAGCUAGAGCUUAUUUUAGCUACAGUAGUUCUGAUCUGCCCUGAGGUAAAAGAUACUUGAGGAAGCAUGUGUGCGGAUGUGAUCCCCCUCCAUUUUAAAUAUGAUAGAAGAACUUGUGAUUGGUUAGAUUUGUCCGUGACAGAUAUCUGAACAUUCCUGCAGAUGUCACCAAACUGUCACGCAAUGAAGAAAGACCGCUUGACAAGCAGCUUUCAAUUGAACGCUUCCAUGUAAAUUACUCUUCUGUUUAGCUCACUUUGUUGUAUUAUGCUUAGUAAUGCUCUAGUUAGGCUCAAGCAAGCACUUUUUAAAGUCUCAUCGUCGUAGUUUGUCUUUCUUUACAAUGCUUUUGUUGGUCCAACUAUUACGAGACCCUUAACUUGUGAACUUUUAAGUGGAAAAACAUUGGUAUGUGUGUUAUUUCCUUGUAAGAUCCUUACAUAAGUGAUUCAUAAGUUUAGUGAAAAGGUUCCGUUGCCAGAAGCCGUCACAUGUUGUUAUUUUACAAACAAAAUUCGUUUGGCCCUUGGUGCGCGGUGAGUCUUAACACCAGUAUUUUUCUAGUUAGGAGGGCGCAAAUUAACACAAAUAAUGUCAUUAGAUUUUCACUGAAAUGUUUUGAGGCUGGAAAUGUGUAAGUUACCCAAUGGAUAUUUUGAUUUAUCAGUUUUGUCAAGUAUUUCUGUAGAUGACUGUUUUGCCGAGUUAAUCAAACAGUUAUUUUAUUUGUUUUAAAAUUUGUAGCGAAAUAAAGUGCAUCGUUUAGCUCGUUU